AUGUCUAUGUGUGGUGUUUGGAAAAUUGGAGAGAAUAUGGAUUUCGUCGCAAAUCGGCGACCAUAUCGGGUGAAACAAAAUCGUAAGUUCGAUGCCUCGGUCGUACUGAACGCACUGGCGCAGUCCGUUCGAAAAUUCGACAUACGGAUCGCUAGAUAUCACGCGUUUUUGGGACCUCAGAUACCAACCACCAAGUUCUUUGCCACUUGCGUUACGUAUAGUCAGUAUAUUGCUCUCCAUCUCGUCGCCCUAAACGUCGUCCCCUCCCUCGUCGGCCUCCUCGGCCACGACAUCGCCGACAUCGCCGUUGACGUCGUCUCCCUCCUCACCGACCUCACCGACGCCGACGUCCUCGGCGACCACAACGACCCCACGCACGCCCUCGUCACCGCCCUCGUCAACAACAACGCCCUCAAGCUUCUCGUCCAGAAACUCACCCGCCUUUCCGAGGUCGACCCCGACGAGGUUCUUCUCCCUCGCCGAUUUGCAAUGCCUCCUAGGCUUGUUGCUUUUCUCCUAGCUCUCUUUCUCCUUGCUGCAGGACGAAACAUAGUUGCCUCAGGAAAUGAUGAUGAUGAUGACGAUUUCUUCAAGAAAUGCCCACCUUCGAGGUGCGCAGAAGGCGGCCUGGAGAUCAGAUUUCCGUACCGGCUCGACUCGAGCCCUUCGCUCUGUGGCGCUCCUGGAAUGGAGCUCUCGUGCUCGGGCAACGACACCGUCCUAGUGCUUCCACAUGCAGGAUCUUUCAACGUGACUACGAUCGACUACCUUUACAGUGAAAUCACGAUCAAGCUGGGAGGUUCAUGUUUACAUGGCUUGACGGGACAACCGGGAUCCCUCAGUCUAACGUCGUCAGCGUAUCCACCAUGGGAUGGUCAGGGCAUCAUCUCGCUGGGCUGCCCGAGAAAAUGGACACCAGACGACGACUAUGAUGCCGCCGGCCCUAUCUCUUGCCUUAACACUGCAUCGCAGUUUGUUUAUCUGGUCGACGGGGAUGCUCCUGCUGCCGGUCUCCCUUCGUAUUGUUGGGUGAUCACAUUCGAUCUUAGAAUUCCCUUCCGACGUAGGACCAAAUUCGAUUUUAAUUCGGCGGAAACGGCGGCCGCCUUCAAGGAAAGUGUGGCCGAUUUCAUAGCGCAGGGCGAGGUGACUCUAUGGUGGUCUGUUCCUCCAAUAACUGAUAACUGCACCCAAUGCGAAGAGGCAGGAAAGUACUGUGGAUUCAGCGUGGCGACCAACCAAACAUUCUGCCAACAUGGCCGAAAUGUCAAGCUCAUCGCAGCAACAUCUUCCGCCGCAUUUGUUAUACUUUUGUUGCUUGUUGUAAUCUUAGUCUACUUCUAUACACGAUCCAAAAAGGAAAAGGAAAUACGUUUGAAGGUGGAGAAAUUCCUCGCGUCGUACAAAGCCAUAAAACCGACGCGCUACACCUUCUCGGAGCUUAAGAAGGUUACUAAAAGGUUCAAGAAUAAGUUGGGCCAAGGUGGUUUCGGAAGCGUCUACAAGGGCGAGUUAACAAAUGGAAUUCCUGUCGCGGUAAAGAUGCUUGCGAGAUCGAAGUGGGACGGUCGAGAGUUCACCAACGAAGUCGCGACCAUCGGACGAAUUCACCAUUUCAAUGUCGUUCGCUUGUUGGGAUUUUGCUCGGAAGGAACCACACAUGCGCUUAUAUACGAGUUCAUGCCAAAUGAAUCACUAGAGAAGUACAUCUUCUCUAAAAGUAGGACUACCAUUCAAGAGCCACUAAAGAUGGAGAAAUUGUUAGAGAUCGCAACAGGAAUUGCUCGGGGGAUCGAGUAUCUGCAUCAAGGGUGCAAUCAACGCAUUCUGCACUUUGACAUCAAGCCUCACAACAUUUUAUUGGAUCGCAAUUUCAACCCUAAGAUAUCCGACUUUGGUCUCGCGAAGCUGUGCUCGAGAGAUCAAAGCAUUGUUACGAUGACCGCGGCGAGGGGCACGAUGGGCUACAUCGCGCCGGAGAUGUAUUCGAGAAACUUCGGAGCGGUGUCUUACAAAUCGGACGUGUACAGUUUCGGAAUGCUGGUGAUGGAAAUGGUCGGCGGGAGGAGGAACGCCGAUCCUCGAAUUGAGAACCAAAGUGAGUUUUAUUUUCCGGAGUGGAUUUAUGAUCAACUGGUGAAUGGGCAAGACAUUGGGCCGGCGAUAGAGAUAGCAAAUACGAGUGAAACAGAGAUUGCGAAAAAACUUGCCGUCGUGGCGUUGUGGUGCAUACAAUGGGAUCCGAGGGAUCGGCCGUCGAUGACGAGAGUCGUGCAGAUGCUGAUCGGCGAUUCGCAGAACUUGCCAAUGCCACCGACACCAUUUGUGUCCUCACCAGGUCAAGAUGCAGUUAUCACAGCUCCAAAUUAAUGAAGUAUAGGAGCAUUAAUUGUCCGGUCCCUAGCUAGCUACCUUUUGAACAUCAAGUAUUCGAGCUGAUAGUUAUUUUGUAUCUAAUUAUACUUGUUUCAUUUUCCUUUUUACAAGCAAUAUUCGAACCUAGCUAGAUCAUAGUGCUCAGGAGAAGGGUACCUAUGGUCAAUUAUGUUAAGAUAUUGUGGUGGUCUAAUCUAAGUUUUGCU